UUGACACAGUGAAGGGGUGGGGACGCAGGGUGGGGUCAGCAGCAGGGAGAGGCGGAGGAGAGACUCACAGCUCGAGCCCAACCCUGAAACACGGCAACAAACACUCUCACACACACUGAAAGACGGCCGGGGCGACGGAAACAGGGUUUAUUUCUCGACGCCGGGGAUAUGAUUUCUGUGAACCACAGAGGCAACCAGCGCACCUUUGUCCUUAAAAUCUGAGGUGGACAAACUGACAUCGAGAUCACUGUUAUUCAAAUAUCACCCCGCCCGACCGACCCCCCUCCACUCCACCCCUUCACCGCCGCUUAGCUACCGAGAUGCACACGGAGACUCGGAACAAAAAAUGUCAAACGAGUCCGAAGAAAUCCACUGCAGCCACCUCUGAGCCUGUUGAAGAGAUGCCAUCCAUACAGAUCAAGCCAGAGCCAGAGGAGGUGGCGUGUGUGGUGAAAGAGGAGCCUUUAGACGAUUGUCCCGAGCCCACGAACCUCGCAAUCAAAUCCUCGCCCCCUCCGCUGUGCGCCAUCAGCAUUCAACCCGCCGAUGACGACCAGACGGAACCCGUUGACCUGUCUCUCAACAAGCCCCGCCCAUCCCUUCCCGUCGCCACGGCAACCUCCACCUCCGCAAACCUGCCGGCCCAUACCAUCACGGCCAGCGCCACCAUCCCGACGGUGUUGACGCAGGGAUCCAUCCUAGCGUCUACGCAAGGGAUCGGGGGUCAACAGAUCUUGCACGUCAUCCACACCAUACCCUCCGUGACCAUGCCCAGUAAAGUCGGACAGCUUCAAACUAUCCCCGUGGUGGUCCAGUCCUUACCGGUGGUCUACACGACCUUACCCACAGACGGAAUGGCCACCGCCGCCAUCACCGUGCCUCUCAUUGGGAGCGACGGGCGGUCGGAGGGAUCAGUGCGUAUAAAGCCAGGUUCAACCUCUCCAGUCGAGUAUCAGUCUGACAGUGAUGCAGAGAGCGGCACAGAGUCUGUAUCUGCCUCUCUUAGCGUGCAAGGGAUGGAAACCAGUAUAAAUACAGAUGUGGACAUCCAUGUCGACCCCGACUCUCCAGACAUGAAAAGAAGGCGCGUGCACAUGUGCGAUUACGAUGGCUGCAACAAAGUUUACACCAAGAGCUCGCAUCUGAAAGCCCAUCGGAGGAUACACACAGGUGAAAAGCCAUACCAGUGCACUUGGGAAGGUUGCACAUGGCGCUUCGCCCGUUCGGAUGAGCUGACGCGGCACUAUCGCAAGCACACCGGCAUCAAACCCUUCCGAUGCACCGACUGCGACCGAAGCUUUUCCCGCUCCGACCACCUGGCGCUUCAUCGACGGCGUCACGUCAUGAUGUGAAACUCGCUUCGAACUUCCCUCCCCAGCCCUCACCUCCACAUCUGCUCCUCAGGAGACACACACACCAGUUUUGGGGGGUCCCGAGAGUCCCGAUGAUACAGACAUACACAUGGAAGGGGUGACACAAUCAUACUGGUCACCCCUCCCGGUCAGAACAUGGCCACCGUUUUUUGCCAUGCUUCCGAAAGCCACAAUCCCACCCGUCCACAGUUGACCUCCGUCGCCAUUUUAAUGCCUGGUCAUUAGCAGUUACUUGAAGGAACUAGAAAUAAAGGCAAACUGCAAGCAGUACUGCUUUAAGCAGAACGUGAUGACUGGGGAAGGUACCUCUUAUUGAGAAUGGAUAUGAUUGGAGCUUAAAAUCGAUAGAGGAAAUGAGUUUAUGUGAGACGAUAAAGGAAUACAGGUUUUUUAGUCAUGUAAUAAAUGUGUUUAUUUUAAUGAGAAGUUUAGGUUGGAGAUGCAUCUACAGCUGCCUUGUUGAAUUCUUACCUUUUAUUGUUUUGUUGUCCUACAUGCAUUUAAAGUCUGUAUGUUGUCGAGAGUGGAUGGAAGUUGGUAUAAAGCAUUUUGUGAAGUCAGCUGAAAAUGUACCGUGCCCUGUUGUAGUGUAUUACUAUUAUGAUUAUUAUUAUUAUUAGUUUUAACAGAUCAGCUUGGGUGCGUACUGUCUUUUUCUUGUAUCUACCCUAACCCAGGUGAGACGUAGAGGAAGAGGGCUGACACAACUGUGAAUUUUUGUACAUUUUUUUUCUGGAUAGUAUCUGUUGUCUAACAUCCUCCCAAAAAAUUAAGUGCAAAAACAGUAUUUGUGUUCUUUCAAAAGUCACUUUGUUCUCGUGGAUUAUGGCACCUAACAGAAUUAACACCCAUUCUUUAUCUAAUCAUCAAAUAUUAUUAUUUUAUAAGGCUGUGAGCAUUUUCUUUUAAAAAAAGAGACAAAUCGCAGGGAAAGGUGAGCUUAAUAAUUUAGUGUGUAUGUGUACGAGUGUCUGUGCGCGUGUGUUUGCAUACAAGCACACUUGUUUGCCUAUUCGUUUAAAAUACAUAAUCAGAGUUAUAAUAGUGGAGGUGGCACAUGUCGUUACUUCUAGCCCAUCAGAGCCUUAAUUGAAGUAAAUGUGCAAACCUGAUUUGCACAAGAGGUUUUAGGGGUUCCUCUGGGGUUUGUACUGGGACCUCACCUGGUUUUAUGAGGCACUCUGAAAAUCCAUAUUUGCACCUAGUUAACACGGUAACAAAACAUGUCUUUAUCAGCUCCUGCCCUGGGUUCACUUAAUUAUGCAAAAACCCCCCCUUAAUGUUGUUGAUGCUGUUUGCUGUGGAUGUCCAGACUUAGAGGAGACGGCUCUCUUGGAUGCGUUAUAUCUUCUCUUAAGCGAGCCCUCAUAGCCAUGGUCAUAAUUUCAAUCGCUAGCAGCUGAUAACAAGUGCGCGUUAUGAGAAGCAACGCUUGAUUCCAGCCUUUGAGAAUUAAGUGCAUGUGUGCAAAAGCUGCAAAAAAGUCUUUUGUCCGGAAAGCAAUGCAAUCUUCCGAUUUUCUAUCAUUCUCUCGCUUCAACUCUAAAAUGUUACUAAGCACAUCUUUCUAGAAGAGUAUAUGCAUUUAAUUGCGAUCCUUUCUUUUUUUAAACUGUUCAUAGACAUACAGACAAUUAAUGAAUAAUGAAAGAAUUCAUGUAUAUAAUGUAUAUAAUCUACAAAGUUCUGAAAAAUGUAACGGGUGGAUUUCUAUUUUUUAACACUGACUAGAUAAUGUGAAAUACCCUUCCUUUCUGUUGUUUUUUUCUUCUUUUUUUUAAAUCCCUUUGUGUUGUACAUCCCUAAUGUGUUGCAUGGAGAGUAGACUUUUCUUUGUGAAGUUGGUGAGCAUGUCGAAGCGUUGGUGCCCUGACUUUGGUGUCGUGGCCUGUAAGCACUGAUAAUCCACAUGAAAUUCAUGACAUUUGACAUUGCAUGUGCAACCAUGGCCAUCCGUUGCACCUGCGCGUUCUGUUUCUUUACAUUUCUUAUUUCAUGCUGUUAACUCUUUCAGUCCCAAAAAAUAUACUUUCAUAUCUCUGGUAUUUAUUACUCCUAGAUGAACUAGAGCUCAGUGUUUAAGUGCCCACGACUGAAAUGUGUGACGGCCUCGUCUAUAUGAGCAUGUUUGCUUACAUCACUUGUACCUGAUUUUAAAAAGUGUGAUCUUAUGCUCGAACCACGGCAGGGUUUGGGUUUCGUGUGACUGUAUGUGUGCAAAUGUGGUUAUCAUUAAUUUUUUCUUGAGAACUUUCAGAAUCAUAGGUAUUUUAUAUUGAAUGCAGUAACUUAUGGGCCAGUACUAUAUUACUCAGUGCAAUGCAGUUAUCAUUAUAACAAGACGACAAGUUAUUAAUGUUAUUUCUUUUGUAUUUGUACAGAACAAGUGUGUAAAGAUCAGCGAGGAAAACGCGCGCUUUUUGAUACUGUGAGAAAUGGUGUUAAAAGUCAGUUUCCCCUGUACAGUUGUGAUUGCCCACUCCUUUUAUAGAAUAAACUGUUUUUGGUGCAAAAUGUU